AUGGAAGACAAGCUUUCUGCUUUGAGGUCUUUGAUGGUUUCUCACUGUCCUCCGCUGGAUGCUAUAGUUGUGCCCUCUGAAGAUUAUCACCAGAGCGAAUACGUAUCUGCACGAGACAAGCGCCGUGAAUUUAUUUCCGGUUUCACUGGAAGCGCUGGCUUGGCACUUAUAACAAAGAAUGAAGCUCUGCUGUGGACGGAUGGACGAUAUUUUUUGCAGGCUGAGCAAGAACUUAGUGCUCAGUGGAAGCUAAUGCGCAUUGGUGAAGAUCCUGCUGUAGAUAUAUGGAUAGCUGACAACUUGCCAAAAGAGGCAUUUAUUGGGGUUGACCCUUGGUGCAUUUCAAUUGAUACUGCUCAAAGAUGGGAGCGUGCUUUUACUGAAAAACAGCAGAAGCUGGUCCAAACCACAAAAAAUUUGGUAGAUGAAGUUUGGAUAAAUCGACCACAGGAAGAGAUUAAUGCUGUUAGUGUACAUCCACUGAAAUUCGCAGGUCGCUCUGUUGCAGAUAAGUUGAAAGAUUUGAGAAAAAAGCUUCUACAGGAGCAAGCCCGCGGUAUAAUUUUCACAGCACUUGAUGAAGUUGCGUGGUUGUAUAAUAUUCGUGGAAGUGAUGUGGCCUACUGUCCGGUUGUUCAUGCAUUUGCUAUUGUGACAACCAAUACUGCUUUCAUUUACGUGGACAAGCGAAAGGUUUCUGUUGAGGUUCAAGCUCAUUUAGUGGAGCAUGAAAUUGAAAUUCGAGAGUAUACAGCUGUAAGCUCUGAUGUGACAUUGCUUGCAACCGAUGAGCUUGAUACUAUAUCUACUGUCAAGAGAGCAAAUGGUGCACAUCAAGCAGAAGAAAAUAGCAACAGCCUCAUAUGGGCUGAUCCAGGUUCAUGCUGUUAUGCACUGUAUGCAAAGUUGAUCCCUGAUUCAGUUCUGUUGCAGCAAUCACCUUUGGCCCUUGCUAAAGCUUUAAAGGUUAACCCGGUGGAAUUGGAUGGGUUAAAAAAGGCACAUAUUCGGGAUGGUGCAGCGGUUGUGCAGUAUCUUGUCUGGCUGGAUAAGAAGAUGCAGGAGGUUUAUGGAGCUUCUGGAUACUUUUUGGAGAAGGAUUCUGUGAAAAAGGAGAAACAUUUGCAGUCCUUGAAAUUGACUGAGGUGACUGUAAGUGACCAGCUUGAAAGUUUCCGAGCAUCCAAAGAGCAUUUCAGAGGAUUAAGUUUCCCCACUAUUUCGUCAGUUGGGCCAAAUGCAGCUAUCAUUCAUUAUUCUCCAAAGGCAGAAGCAUGUGCUGAACUUGAUCCAGACAAAAUUUAUCUCUUUGACUCUGGAGCCCAGUAUCUAGAUGGAACAACAGAUAUUACACGAACAGUUCAUUUUGGGAAGCCUUCAACCCAUGAAAAAGCAUGUUAUACAGCAGUCCUAAAGGGUCACAUUGCUCUUGGAAAUGCUAGAUUUCCAAAUGGGACAAGUGGGCAUGCUCUUGAUAUUCUUGCCCGAAUUCCUUUGUGGAAAGAUGGUCUUGAUUAUCGACAUGGUACUGGUCAUGGAAUUGGGUCCUAUCUCAAUGUUCAUGAAGGACCUCACCUAAUCAGUUUUAGACCACAGGCUCGAAAUGUACCAUUGCAAUCUUUCAUGACUGUUACAGAUGAACCUGGUUACUAUGAGGAUGGAGAGUUUGGGAUAAGAUUGGAGAAUGUGCUUAUUGUCAAGGACGCUGAUACAAAAUUCAAUUUUGGUGAUAAAGGUUACUUAUCUUUUGAGCACAUUACCUGGGCACCGUAUCAAACGAAAUUGAUUGACCUGAACCUUCUAAGUGCUGACGAGAUAAAUUGGCUGAACUCGUAUCACUCCACAUGUAGAAAUAUUCUGGCGCCAUAUUUGGAUGAAGUUGAAAAUGCUUGGCUGAAGAAAGCUACUGAACCUGUAGGUGCAUGA